UUGGACAGUCUACUGUCUACUGUGUUGGGGGGAGGUGUUGCCGAACGCUCCUUUAUUCAUGAAUUCUUUCAUCUUCAUCGUUGCAACAGUCUCAUUUCCUUUUAUCUUAGUGCUAACUACGGAGAAUGACAAGAAUAUCCUACAUCACACCAAAAGCCGUGGCCACACUCGUUUCUACAGUAUCUAAUACUUAGAUAAUGAGUUCCAUUGUGUGAAGUGUUAUAGGACCGGCGUGAAAUGCUUCGGUAACCGGUUCCAGUCACCAGGUGUAUCCCGUGACCACCGCAGGCGGAAGGGCGUGAGUGAGACGCUAUUGAGUUGAGCGUGUGGAAGUGUUGCGUCCUGGCGUGCGUUUGGGAACAAGCCAAGCUGGAGGGAAGGCGGGAGUGCUGCAAGAGAACAGCCCAGCCACGCCAUCUUCUCAUCGCAGAGGAACAUGCCCGCCCUUGAAGAUCACCAGCUUGGGGAAACAGACUCUCUGCUGGGCUCUGAACACAACUAUAAAUUUGACUCUUCGGACGGCUCUGACGGUUACUACUACAAGGAAUUAGAAGACUGGACCCACUAUCCGGGCAAGCGAAUCAGCUAUGGCACCUGCAAGCAACGAGAGGGCAUCACCCUGAUCUGGCGCGAAUUGAGCGUGUAUGUGCCGGGAAAGAAGACUUGUUUCACAAGACGACAUAACCAAUACCAACCUGUUAAAAAAGUGCUAUCCAACGUGUUCGGAGCAGUUCAGCCUGGGAGUUUGCUGGCCAUGAUGGGAGCAAGCGGAGCAGGCAAGACCACCUUGAUAAACGCCCUGGCACACCGCACCACCGGCAAGAUGGUGGUGGACGGGGACAUUCUCAUCAACGGCCACAAGGUCAAUGAGGCGCUGUCCACGCUGGCCGGAUACGUUCACCAGCACGACCUCUUCCUGGGCUCAAUCACUGUUAACGAACAUUUAACCUUCAUGACUCGACUGAAGAUGGACCGCCGCACCACAGCCAAGGAGAGGCAGGCACGAGUGGUGGAGCUUCUCAACACUCUGGGACUCGCCAAGGUGCAGAAUACUCUCAUCGGCACUCCUGGAAGUGAAAAGUCCCUCUCCGGCGGGGAAAGGAAGCGACUAGCCUUUGCCACAGAGAUUCUGACUGACCCACCACUUCUGUUUUGCGAUGAACCAACCACGGGUAUGGACUCCUUCAACGCAAAACUGAUGGUGAAGAUCAUGCAGGACAUGGCCAAGCGAGGCAAAACUAUCUUGUGCACCAUUCACCAGCCAUCCUCAGAGAUCUUUGCGAUGUUCGACAGGUUACUUCUUUUAGCUGAGGGACGCGUAGCAUACAUGGGCUCGUCUGCUGGUGCUCUACAGUUUUUUGAAAGCCAGGGUUACAAAUGUCCCUCUACCUUCAAUCCUGCUGACUACUUCGUGCACACUCUGGCAGUCUUCCCUGGCCACGAAGGUCGCUCCCAGGCACGCAUUGAUACAAUAUGCCACGACUACACCAUGUCUCCAUACUACAAACAAAUCGAAAUGAUCAUUCAACAAGAGGAAGAUAUUUGCCUCUUAAAUCUGAAAUAUGGAAGCAGCUAUGAAGAGGAAUUAUUCCACAGGAACACUCCUGAGAGGCCUGGGUGGCUGGUGCAGUGGUGGUGGCUGACGUGGCGGGCACUGCUGGACUCCUACAGAAACCCCACCGUCCAUUACAUCAGAAUAGUUAAGAAGAUUAUUUCCGCUCUCUUGGUGGGACUCAGCUACGGACAAAUUCGGCUGAAUCAAGCAGGCAUUCAGGACAUCGAGGGUGCCAUCUACUUCUUUGUUUCACAGAAUUCUUUUCCCGCCGUCUAUGGGGUCCUUAAUCUUUUCCCGAAAGAGAUGCCACUCUUCUUCCGGGAACAUAGAAAUGGCAUUUACCGGUCAGACACUUACUACAUCUCUAAGAUGAUCUCCCAGAUUCCAGGAUUCAUAGUGGACCCCAUUGUGUUCUGUUGCAUCUGCUACUGGUUGGUUGGUUUACAGAGCCAUUUCUACCACUUUUCCUUAACGGUUCUCAUCUGUAUUGCUGACGCCAUCACGGCAUCAGCUUGUGGAACAAUGGUCUCCACUGCCUUUGAAAAUCUUCCUACCAUCUUGUUGUUUCUUCUUCCCUUCCAACUGGUGAUCCUCAUCUAUGGCGGUCUCUUCGUUAACCUGAAAUCCCUGCCCUGGUACACUGCUUGGCUCAAGUACAUAUCCUGGUUCAUGUACACCAAUGAGGCGCUCACUGUCACGCAGUGGAAAGACAUCAAAAACAUCACAUGUGAGAUGCCACCAGGGGUGCCCUGCUUCCACACUGGUAUGGAGGUGAUUGAGAAGUACGCCUUCAAGCCAUCCCACUUGGCCUAUGACUUCGUGAUGAUGGCGGUGCUCUAUUGCUGCUUCCACCUCCUAGGUUUUGUUGCACUGCACGUGAGGGCAAAGAAAAAGUAACCCAACACUCGCUGUCUACCGUUGUGCCUCUUAUCUAUCCACGUACCACAGAUAUACCAUUUGAGCGGAAGAGUCACCCAUCCAAGUAAGUAUACACUACAGUACAUAACUGCAGCAUCUAAAACAAGCACUUAUUUGUUACCUUCACCACGGCCUCUUCUCGCUGCGUGAGAGGCAGCGUAAAUGACAUCCACCUCAUUACGUCAUUCAGGAAAUGAAAAUAAUGGUAUUUGCUUUAACUACCACUACUACUGCAGCUGCUACUACUACUACUACUACUACUACUACUACUGCUGCUGCUGCUGCU